AUGAGCGCAUCGACCGCGAACGAAACCCAUACAGUUACUAUUGGAAGUUGGGAUAUAUUCCUUAAAAAUGGCGAGACUCAGGAACAGAGACUUGGGGCAACAAUCGUGACGUCACAUGCCAACAAAACCUGGGAUGACAUUGCUGUGAUCCGUCGGUAUCAUUGGUAUCAUUUGGCGAUGACAUACGACGGUCAAACGAUCAAUUUCUAUCUCAACAAUCACCUUGUGUUAAGCGACUCCCAGUGUUGUCAUGGUGACAUCGUCAGCACAAAUACCGACGUUGUGAUUGGUCGAAAUUACAAUGAAGUAUCUUUCGAAGUACAUAUUGACGAAUUGAAAUUGUUUAAAAAAGCGCUCACUGCUCGGGAGAUUACGAAGUUGUACCAGCUAAAAGUUGUUUAA